AUGGACCAGGGCUCAGCAGUCGUUUCAGCAAAGAUGUCUAGCAUCAUGAAGAUCCUUUUCGCCUCGUUGUUGCUUUGGACCGUUCUCUUGCAGGUCUCCGCGACACCGCUUCACCGCACUGUUAAGAAGAACGCGUUGGAUGUGACCUCAGCACAAGUCGAGAAACGUCUCAGGACCGAGUCUCUCCAACGCCGCUCUGCAGUGUGUGAACCGGUAGAAGACAAAACAGUCACGGUAACACAUUGGAAGACAAGGCACAUCGGCAAUGGUAAGCAACCUGGUGUCACAAGGAUCACGGAAACGAGCUGGAUCGCCACCACAGUCUACACGAGUAGCACGCCAACCUCGCCAAAGGAAACGACGAAAGGUCCAAAGCCUGACGAUUCGUUCCCACCUGUGACAAAGAGUCUCGAGCACGCGCACGACACCAAGGAACCGUACACGUCCGUGACCGCCGCGUCAGCCAGGGAGACGCACAGUCGUUCUUCACAAACUGUGCAGCAUGACACCAAGCAACAGUCGUCAUCCUCUGUUUCUCGCAUGAGUACCAAGUCUUCGACCAUCGUCACUACCAGCCAUCUCGCCAGCAAGGAUGCUUCCCCAACUGAGUCGACUCCUGCUCAUUCGCACCGCCUAUCGACUGGUCCCCGCCCCGCCUGCAGCGCCGAGUAUCACGAUGAGCCCAAAGAACACACCACCAAAACGGGAUCAAGUCAAACUACCAAGCAUAGCAGGACCAAAAACGCUGGUCCGUCCCCAACGACAGUGAUCAAGACCCAAGUUAGCGGUACCGAUUUGACCAUUACUGCCACCUCGCUUGCCGGAGGCAAGUUCGACUGUGGCAAAUACAACAUCUUUGGUAUCGAAGUGUGCAUCAACGGCUCUGGCAACGGGAACCAAAUCAAGUUUUAG